AUGGAAAAGAAAAUUAAUACUCCAUUAUCUAUUAAAAUCAUUACACUAAUGCUUUCAUGUUGGAUAUGCCAUUUUUAUAUUCAUAUGAGUACGCUUAAAAAAUCUUUAGAUGAAAUGAGCUAUCAUCGUAGAAAAUUUCAUGCAAGAACUUAUCGUUUACUUACAAAAUAUAAACAGGAUAAUAAUUCAAGUUCUUUAUAUUUAAAAAAAGGUUUUCCAAUUAAUGUAGUUCAUGAAAAAAAAGACAUAUCUAAUAAUGGGAAGGAUGAUUCAGGAAAAAAGAAACAACCAAAUAGAUGUGCGUCAAAUAUCGUAGGAGAUCAUAAACCAGAUAUGAAACAUAAUACUUGUACAUUUGAAACAAAAAAAUAUUCCCAUUUAGAAAAAAAAAUAUUCAAGGAACUCGAUUAUACGGAUUUUCUUAAAAAUAACAGGACAAUUAAUAAUAAGGUUUACAAAAGAAUAAUACGUAAAAAAUACGGAUUACGAAUUGUUUUACCUGUAUUACUUUUCUUAUUUUUAUUAAUAAUAUUUAUAUUAGAAGUUGUACUUGGAUCAGUAGGAAAAACUAGUUUAUUGUAUGUAUUAGGUUUAAACAAGAAUUAUUUAAAAUCAUUAAGUGAAAAUAAGUCUGAGCCCAUUAUAGAACUGAUGAAAAACAUAGGUGAAUUUUUCAAACAUAGUACCCCAACUGAAGUUUCAGCCGAAAGAAUAUGUGAAUUUUGUGAUAAUGUAAAAGAAGUUAGUAAUAUAUGCCAUUUAGGAAAAUUUUUUCGAAUUCUGAUAUAUUUCGUACCUUUCAUUAUAUUGAGUAUCUCCAUAGUAUCAGGAAUUAUUUAUUACCAUAAAAAGGUUAAAAAAUAUGAAAAAAUUAAAUUCAUGAAAAGGUAA